AUGAACUGGAUGACGAGCGGCAAACACCGCGCGCUGUACUCGCAGCGCGGGCGACGUCGACAAAUGCAUUUCCCGUCUCAAGUCCAGCGCCAGCGCGUCAAACCCACGAGUCCUUCACGAAGCUCCGAGCCAAGAGCACGGGACUCAGCGAAGCCCUGGUACAUUGUGUCUAUUGGAGACGACGACGAGUCUCAAGAUAUCCGCGUCCUGGAGCUGGAGCGGAAGGGAGCCAUCAGUGCCACUGAGAGUGAAGCUGAAGAGAAAGCUAGGAAGAUUUCACGUGUCGGUGAGCGUGGCGACGCUAGGGCACCAUCGGGUCCGAGCCAGAAGAGGGGCCGCGAGCAAGAGCAACGUGACCAAGGCGGGAGAAGUGACAACAGAUGCAUCUUCACUCCAGUGAAGAAGGCGAGAAAGUACGAGCAACCAUCGCGUCCAGCUCAGCUAGUGAAGAAUGCUCGGGAGAAACGACCCCCAUCGUCAAUUGCUUCAGGCGUUGAAAUGCUCUUUUUCAAUGAUGGAGAAGAGCUACCACACAAGAACCGAGCUCAAUCACGAAAGCGGGUUGCUUAUGAGCCAGUUCUAUAUGACACACACAGCAGAAAAUUUCCACAGCGCAUUGGUGACGCUAGGGAUGAAAAAGAGCUCCAGCAUCCACGUCGUAUUUUUCAAGAUGGAAAUUUUGACAGUCACUGUGGAGAAUUGGAGGAUCAACAGCAGGCAUCUGACAGCGAUAAUACGAGUUCUCAUGGCCUUCAAGCGUUUACGGACAGUGUGAGUGAGGCUGAUCAACGAGAUAUUCAACUCUGGAAAGUCAACUCCCGUUCGUGCGCUGGUUCUAGUCCCGAUAUGGCAUUUUCUCGUCCCGAUACCGCGUCGUUCGAACACCCCAGGGACCCUAUCCACGAAACCUUUCUUGCGACGCCGCCUCCCAGUCCAUUUGUAGCUUCGCCGCUGUCAUUUAAAAUGAGCCGAGCGGAAGUUCUACAAUCUCAGCCCUCUGCCAGAUUUUCCUGCACGACACACAAUCAGAUGAGCUUCCCACCGAGUCCGCGGUCGUCGCCAUCGCCAUCGCCAUCAUCGUCAACAUCAACAUCCUCACAGGGUAGCAUCGUGCUGGGCCGCCCACCAUUAGGCUGGCAAAAGAACUUGCUGUUGGCAUUAGAGGAGAAUUCGAGGGACAGACCAGAAUAUCAUUUUGGUAAACCAGCUUCAUCUCGUGUCAACGAUUCUCCAAUGAAUCUUGCUGACAGCAAAGUGGAGAAUGUUCGACUGGACUCGCCCCCUUCACCUAACAGUUCGAGAGGGAGCGAUUCGCCCACUUCAAUCACCGACGCAAUCAUUCCAGUCGAUGCGAAAGAGCGCAUUAUGGCGUCUACAGCUUCACAACACGUCCCUGAGCUUUCGAGGAGCUGGUACCCACGACCAAUAACGACGAAAUCUGGCAAUACGAACGGUACAAACACAGUUGUCAGUGGGAAAAGCGCGGUAUUCCAGCAGUCAUGGGUCAUGUCUUCACGCACCAAGAUAAUUCUGGACGCAGUCUCGCCAUCGAAAGCGAUCUCCAUGGAAAAGGCAAUCCAAAAGAGCGAAACAAAGCAAAUGGAAAUGGAGAGUGUCGCAAUCUACAUGUACACGCUGGUGCAGUGUUACAAAAUCGACGAGAAACUUCGGUUUGUGAACUUUUACGGUAUCAUCCAGCGACCUGCUUCUGAAAACCAUACUUACUACAUUGUGAUCAGUACUGACAAUGGCAGCUCACCGAUAGCUGGUCUCGCUCAACUACCAUCCGAAGAUCCUUCCACGCCCACUACCACAGCGUUGACGAAGCAGCAAACGGCCAGUCAACGUGAAAUUAUCUUUUCACCGAAGCGCGCUCGUUAA